CUAACGGCCACCACAGAAGAAGAACUCCGCUAGGUUAGCUAGCAAGCUAGCUGUUGCAAGUUCUAAGUUUGGUUGGUGUUGAGCAUCAAAAUGCUGCUGCAGUCCGUCAGACCGUGGCUGCUCCGUUGCAGGACUCUACCGCUGGCCUGCAGCAGAACUUACUACGCGGAUAAAGUCGCUCCAGUCGGCUCGCAGCCCGACAAGCAGUCCUCUGAAUACCAGGAGAACUAUGACCGGAUGAAAGUUCUUGUUGAUGAGCUGAGAAGCCGGACAGAUAAGAUCAGAUUGGGUGGGGGAGAAAAAGCAAGAAGACUCCACACUUCUCGUGGGAAACUCUUGCCUAGAGAGCGCAUAGACAGGCUGCUGGAUCCAGGGACACCUUUUCUAGAAUUUUCCCAAUUUGCAGCACAUGAAGUGGAAUGUGUCAUAGUUGCAAAUGAUGCUACUGUCAAAGGAGGCACGUACUACCCGGUUACAGUAAAGAAGCACCUUCGUGCACAAGAAAUAGCCCAACAGAACCACUUACCGUGCAUCUACUUGGUGGACUCCGGGGGAGCCAACCUACCCAGACAGGCCGACGUCUUCCCAGACAGAGACCACUUCGGACGCAUCUUCUUCAACCAGGCCAGGCUGUCGUCAGAGGGGAUAGCACAGAUUGCUGUUGUGAUGGGCUCCUGCACCGCUGGAGGAGCGUACGUACCCGCCAUGGCAGACGAGAGCAUCAUCGUGCGGAAGCAAGGCACCAUUUUUCUUGGAGGACCUCCUCUGGUCAAAGCUGCCACUGGGGAGGAGGUUUCCGCAGAGGACCUCGGUGGUGCUGAUCUACACUGCAAAAAAUCUGGCGUGACAGACCACUACGCUUUGGACGACAACCAUGCGCUCCAUUUAGCAAGAAAGGCAGUACGAAGCCUCAACUACAGGAAGAAUAUCGAGGUUACCACAGAACCUACUGAAGCUCCUCUCUAUCCUGCAGAUGAACUCUACGGCAUCGUCGGAGAUAAUCUGAAACGCAACUUUGACGUCAGAGAGGUCAUUGCCAGGAUCGUAGACGGCAGCAAGUUUGACGAAUUCAAGGCUUUCUACGGAGACACGCUUGUUACGGGAUUUUCCAGAAUAUUCGGCUACCCGGUCGGAAUCAUCGGCAACAACGGCGUCUUGUUUUCCGAGUCUGCGAAAAAGGGGACGCAUUUCAUCGAAUUAUGCUGCCAACGAAACAUCCCGCUUAUUUUCCUCCAAAACAUAACAGGCUUCAUGGUGGGUAGAGAGUACGAAGCGGGAGGAAUUGCCAAGGAUGGCGCCAAGAUGGUUACCGCGGUCGCCUGCGCCAACGUACCCAAGAUGACUGUUAUCAUCGGCGGCUCCUACGGCGCGGGGAACUACGGCAUGUGCGGCCGAGCCUACAGCCCUCGAUUCCUCUACAUGUGGCCGAAUUCCCGAAUCUCGGUGAUGGGCGGCGAGCAGGCAGCCACCGUCCUGGCCACCAUCACCAAGGAUCAGAGGGCACGCGAGGGAAAGGAGUUCACGGCGGAGCAGGAGGCUGCCAUGAAGGAGCCCAUCGUGCGGCGGUUCGAGGAGGAAGGCAGCCCGUACUACUCCAGCGCCAGGCUGUGGGAUGACGGGAUUAUCGAUCCGGCCGAUACCCGUCUGGUUCUGGGACUGAGCCUCAGCGCGGCGCUCAACGCACCAACGCAGAAGACGCGUUUCGGCGUGUUCAGGAUGUAAUGCUGGUUUAGCUUGUGCAGGUAUAGACCUCAGAUGUGUAUUUAUACUAGUCUCUGUAGUUUUAUUUGUGAUGUGUCACCACGUCAAAGGUUAAAAAACUAAAAAAACAAUCACAGGAGAUGUUGUGAUGAGAGGAUAGAGUGUGUUUGUGGGACAUUCCCACUGCUGAGCUGUGCCUUAACCUUUAUUGUUUCACUAUAAAUGAACUGUUCUUGUAAAAAUGUGGGUGGGUUGUGUUUGUUUUUUAAAAUCAAAUACUGUAAAUGGAGAAUUAAAAAAUGUGAAAUUGC